AUAGCGUUCGUUAGUGGGGUGCUUCCGUGUUUCAGGGAGCCGAGGUGUCCCCUAGGUAGAAAAUCCUCAGGACGUGCAGUCGUGCCUGGGUAGCAACCAGCUGCCAGUGAGUUCUACCACGGCCUACUUUAUAAUAUGGGAUGGGAGUUUUAAUCUCGCGCAGGUUCAGGUCGGCUUUCUUGCUGUAGGUCAGUGCGCUGGCGCCGGGCUUCUGCUCUUCAGCAGUCCUGAAGUUAGCGUUCCUGGGCUGGCUCAGAAGGACCCUCGGGAGGAGAGAAGGUGUCUUGGCUCCCCAGCUUCGCUGCUGCAGAAACCAGGGGUGCGGCGGCGUCCCUCUUUGCCGAUUCUUGACGUCAGGCUCCUCCGACAGCCCCGAGCCGGGCGGGCAAGGGCGGUAGGAGCUGCGGGCGGGCGCCGGGGAGGGGAAGCCAUUGCAGCAACAGCUUGGCGGAGGGAGCUGGACGUCCUCGCCAGAAACACAGGCAGCGGGAGCCAGAGCCGGGAGGACGAGGACCUGCCGGCUCGGGAGUCGCGGGGUUGCUGCAACGCGGGCGGGGAGGAGGCGGGGGCGCUGCAUGCAGCGCGCUGGCUCCAGCGGCGCCCGCGGGGAAUGUGACAUCAGCGGCGCCCGGCGCUUGCGGCUGCAGGAGGCGGCUCGCCUGGGCUGCGCGGAGCACACCUCGCCCGGGGGAGCACGCAGACCCGGGCAGACGGCAGGGAUGUCGGCGAAGGAGAGGCCAAAGGGCAAAGUGAUCAAGGACAGCGUCACCCUCCUGCCCUGCUUUUAUUUCGUCGAGUUGCCUAUAUUGGCAUCAUCGGUGGUUAGCCUCUAUUUCCUUGAACUCACCGAUGUCUUCAAACCUGUACACUCUGGAUUUAGCUGCUAUGACCGGAGUCUUAGUAUGCCGUACAUCGAACCAACCCAGGAGGCGAUUCCAUUCCUCAUGUUGCUAAGCUUGGCUUUUGCUGGACCAGCAAUUACGAUUAUGGUGGGAGAAGGAAUUCUCUACUGUUGCCUGUCCAAAAGAAGAAAUGGAGUUGGCCUGGAGCCCAACAUUAAUGCCGGAGGCUGCAACUUCAACUCUUUCCUUCGAAGAGCUGUCAGAUUUGUUGGUGUUCAUGUAUUUGGACUAUGUUCUACAGCUCUCAUUACCGAUAUCAUACAACUGUCCACAGGAUAUCAGGCACCAUACUUUCUGACUGUGUGCAAACCAAACUAUACCUCUCUGAAUGUAUCUUGCAAGGAAAAUUCCUACAUUGUAGAAGAUAUUUGCUCGGGAUCUGACCUUACAGUUAUCAACAGUGGCAGGAAGUCAUUCCCUUCUCAACAUGCGACCCUCGCUGCCUUUGCAGCUGUGUACGUUUCGAUGUACUUCAAUUCCACAUUAACGGAUUCCUCUAAGCUUCUGAAACCUCUCUUGGUCUUCACAUUUAUCAUCUGUGGAAUCAUCUGUGGGCUAACACGGAUAACUCAGUAUAAAAAUCACCCAGUUGAUGUCUAUUGUGGCUUUUUAAUAGGAGGAGGAAUUGCACUGUACUUGGGCCUGUACGCUGUGGGGAAUUUCCUGCCUAGUGAAGACAGUAUGUUUCAGCACAGAGAAGCCCUGAGAUCUUUGACAGACCUCAACCAAGACCCCAGCCGAGUUUUAUCUGCCAAAAACGGUAGCAGCAGCGAUGGAAUUGCUCACACAGAAGGCAUCCUCAACCGCAACCACAGAGAUGCCAGCUCGCUGACAAACCUCAAAAGAGCAAAUGCCGAUGUGGAAAUCAUCACUCCACGGAGCCCCAUGGGGAAGGAGAACAUGGUUACCUUCAGCAACACACUGCCGAGAGCCAACACCCCAUCGGUAGAAGACCCGGUCCGAAGAAACGCAAGCAUUCACGCGUCUAUGGAUUCCGCGAGAUCAAAGCAGCUCCUCACCCAGUGGAAGAAUAAGAAUGAAAGUCGGAAGCUGUCCCUGCAAGUAAUAGAGACUGAGCCCGGCCAGUCACCGCCCAGAUCCAUAGAAAUGAGGUCAAGCUCGGAGCCAUCGAGGGUGGGGGUGAACGGAGACCACCAUGCUCCUGGCAAUCAGUACCUCAAGAUCCAGCCUGGCACAGUCCCCGGGUGCAACAACAGCAUGCCUGGGGGGCCACGGGUGUCCAUUCAGUCUCGCCCCGGGUCCUCACAGUUGGUGCACAUCCCCGAGGAGACCCAGGAAAACAUAAGCACCUCCCCCAAAAGCAGCUCUGCUCGGGCCAAGUGGCUGAAGGCUGCCGAGAAGACCGUGGCCUGCAACAGGAGCAACAGCCAGCCCCGAAUCAUGCAAGUCAUAGCCAUGUCCAAGCAGCAAGGCGUCCUCCAAAGCAGCCCCAAGAACACCGAAGGCAGCACGGUGUCCUGCACUGGCUCCAUCCGCUACAAAGCCCUGACAGACCAUGAACCCAGUGGGAUCGUGAGGGUCGAGGCUCACCCGGAGAACAACAGGCCCAUCAUACAGAUCCCGUCCACCGAAGGCGAAGGCAGCGGCUCCUGGAAGUGGAAAGCCCCGGAAAAGGGCAGCCUUCGCCAAACUUACGAGCUCAACGAUCUCAACAGGGACUCGGAGAGCUGCGAGUCCCUGAAAGACAGCUUUGGCUCUGGAGACCGCAAGAGAAGCAACAUUGAUAAUAAUGAGCACCACCACCAUGGAAUCACCACCAUCCGCGUCACCCCAGUAGAGGGCAGCGAAAUCGGCUCAGAGACGCUGUCCGUGUCUUCUUCCCGCGACUCCACCUUGCGGAGAAAGGGCAACAUCAUCCUAAUCCCGGAAAGAAGCAACAGCCCCGAAAACACUAGAAAUAUCUUCUACAAAGGAACCUCCCCCACACGGGCUUACAAGGACUGAGCGAUGGCCAUCCCAUCCUUUGGGCUACUCCCGAAAGACCACGUAUCCAUUCCACCUGUGCUCUGUUCCGGCCGACUGGGAAGUCUCGCCAAGCUCGGUCGUCCACCAUCAGCCCGGAACUCUGUGACUCUGAAGAGCGACUACACUGAAACUUGUAGAUUUCACAUCAAGGGGAGGGAAAAGCACAAUGCAAGAACCUAACUAAUGCGAUAAUAAUGGGAAGCGUUUUCUUCAGACCUGUCUCCAAACUCAAAAGGGUUUGCAGAGGGCAGUUCCAAAAGAAAGUGGUUUCCUUCAAAUCUGUACUAUUUUACUUCCUGAAUGUGCCAACUAUGGGGAUUUUUCUUUAUAAUUCGCUGUAAGAAUCCAGAACACACACAGGUUUUCCCUACAGCAGAGGCCAUGCAGUAUUAUAUAUUCAUUUUGCAGAAUCUGCACCUAAAGCUCAAUAUGGGUGGUGCUGAUUAUUAUAGUGCGUAUACCAUGUAAACUCUCAAACUCUAUUUAGCUGUGAUAUAGUGAUGUGCAAUUCCUUGUCCAAGAAAUACUACUUUAUUAAGAAGAUGCUGGCUGCUUUGUGUUAGAAUAGGACACCCCUCCAGCUUCUCCAUAGUGGCUGUCACAGUCAAAAAAUGAAGAGGUUUAUGUGCAUUUCUUCAAAAUUCUGCUUCCUUCAACAUGAAAAAUUGUGUAGGAAUAUUUUCAGUGGAAGGGAAUAACUAGUACUUUUCUGCAUAGUUUUUCUGCUGCUUACUUUUCGUUUAAAUAUAGGUACUGCUAAUGAAUCUUUUAGUGAGUAAAUUUGCAUAAUUUUAAAAAUACAUUGUUUUAGAGAAUCUUUUGAAAUCGUUGUGAUCAUAUUUUGCUUUUUAUGGCUUCUUCUUUAUUUACAGAUUUAAAAAUUUUUUUUUGAUGCUAUAGAUACGUUCUUCUAUUUUAAAAGAGAAAAUAACAAUUGAUGUUUCUUGAGGAAAAUAUACUGCUGUGAAUUUAGAAACAAGAAAUCUGAGCCAAAACUUGACAUUGUGGGUUAUAUUGCCAGAAAUGUUGGUCAAGUUUACCCUUAGGUAUCUCCAACCAGCUGACUUAGGUUGCCAUUUUAACAAGCAAUCUGAAAAUUCUAUUUGGCUCCAGAUCAUUAAAUUUUUCGAUAAUCUGAUGACCCGUAAAUUAGAGCCGCUGUAGUUGGGUUUGACCCUCUUCCCUAAAAUAUUUCUGUUAAUUGGAUACCAACAGGAAAAAUCUGAAAAAAAAUAAAUAAAUAUUGAUAAGUAAAAGUAUCUCAUGGUAUAAAUGAAGAAUGUAUUGCUUCAAAAUAUCUGAAUAGGCACAGCUUUCGUGCUUAAUGUGCAAACAAGAGUUUUUGCUACCUAUCCUAAAUCAAGCCUUGAGCCUAAAUCAAAGGGAACCAAUAUCAUUGGUAAUAAUAUUAAAAACAAAAUGUUGUGAAGAGUUUUCCAACUUAAAAAUUUAAAGUAUGAGAAAUAUUUGGUUCUUGGAAUUUAGUAUUAUACCUUUUUUACACCAUUUCUUAAGAAUUCUAAUAUACACUUGAUGAUUGCCAAGGGAAUAAAAGGAAACAACUGAGCUGGUUGAUCUGAUUUUCCUUCACUUUGCAAUGAAAACAAAAGUAACAGGAGUUGUUUAGAGAUGAAUAGCAUCACAUCAUUAUCAGUUUCUACAUGAAAAGGGCAGAGCUUUCUAGAGAAACCAACCUCCUAAGGCAUUAAGAAUUUAGCUGAAACCAGCAGAAUUGAAAACUCUCUGGCAAUAAAAUACAGACUCAACCAUAUCCCUUCUGGCAAUUUCUUUCUCAGAGAGGGGAGUGGGAGUAAAACGUUGCCUUCCCCACUUCUCGCCACCACCACCACCAUGACACUCCUGCUGGCUUUUGCCAGUUCAUAGAGGGAAAAGGUGGACUGGUUUUAGUACUCUGGAGAACAAAAAUCGCUGCAGCAUUUCCGGUGCAGUAUGCUAUUUCCUAAUCUUUCCUAUUUCUUAACAAAAGAUUUUAAAGUACUUCUCUAGUCAUUGAAGUUUUUUUCUUUACAUAGAUAUUGAUAUAUUCUUUUUCUACUCAAAGUGCCAAAGGCUACAGUUUUUAAUGACUUAACAAAUUGUACCACAUUGUUAAGGAAAUAUAAUGAUAGACACUAGAACUCAGACCUCUGCAUGUAUAUUUGAUAACAUGUCUUUUGUAAAAAAAAAUUACAAAAAAAAUUUGUUUACAUUCCACUGGUACCUUAAUUUAAAAUAAAUCAGACUAACAGGUGGUAUCUCUUCUUAGUGUUCUAUUUAUCUUAUUUGCUAAUGGGAGCACUUCUUCCUUUGUUAGGCUGUGCUUUAUUGAUAAAACCAAGUAUUGAAUAAAGAGAGUUAAUUAUCUUUUUAAAGUAAAUAAAAUUAUGAGAAUAUAUAUAAUAUAUAUAAAGUAUUGUGUUUAAUAAAAUGUUAUGCAAUGUUUUCCAAACUGAUAAAGUUUGUAAAGUGCUAUAAAUGUAUUUUGUUAAGUACAGAUCAAAGCUAUUGUGUGAGUAUAUUGUGCUAACAUCAUAGAAAUAAAGAUUAGAUUUCUUCAUCAAAA